AUGCCUGUGGUUAAACGAGGACUCGUCGCUCCACAAAAUACAUUCCUUGAAAAUGUUAUCAGACGUUGCAAUAAUUCUGAUACUAGUUUUAUAUUAGCAAAUGCUCAAAUAGUAGAAUAUCCGAUCGUGUACUGCAACGACGGUUUUGCUAAGAUGGUAGGAUAUUCAAGGGCUGAAAUUAUGCAGAAACCUUGCUCACUUUCCUUUAUGCAUUCGAGCGAUAGUAGACCGGAAGCAGUGAAGAAGAUUCAAAAUGCGCUCGAUAUGUGUAAACAUGAACAAACAGAAAUUGGUUUACGUAGAAAAAACAGAAGUCUCCUUUGGCUAUUGGUGUACAUCGCUCCGAUCAAGAAUAAUCAUAAUCAGGUGGUACUGUAUUUGUGCCAAUUCAGGGAUAUCACACCUUUUAAAGAGCCGCUUGAUGAAAAUAAUAGAGGUAAGGAUGUUUCGCUUUAUUUAUUCUAUAGUAAAAGCUUUCUGUACUACCAUAUGAAAUUUUACUUUUAA